AUGUACGGUCAUUUCCUCCCUGUUACGGUCUUCUCUAGUCUCCUGUCAGAGGCCUCAGAUAUUAGUGGUACACAUCAAUCAAUUGCUGCAUGGUCUACUUUCGUUUAUCACCUGUGCCCCACGACAUCAGGGUUGGUCGACUCUGUGACAAGUUCCUCUUCAACAAGAGGAUUAGUGCCAGCAGAUUCAGCAGUAUCGCUUUCCACAUCUGCCUUGGCAGUUAUUCAGGGUUCUGGAGCUCACAGACGAACCCAGGAGGUCUUGUUGUUAGCUCGACUGGUCUGGAGUUCCCGCGAAGGCCUACCUAGAAUACUCAGACUGCAUCCAAGACUUCCAGCGCAUGAAGGGAUACAUGAUGGUAGAGAAAGGGAGGAAAAGCCAGCCAUAAUAGAUGAUGUCUUUUUCCGGGGAAUAGCUUCACUUGCUUCUUUGCCUCUGAGGUUAGUUGUUCCAAGUCCUUAUUUUACUGCCGGAAGCUCCACCAGACAGAUCAAUCUGCAGGAGGCGGAGGAAGCGGACGCAUUUAACUGUUUGUUGCCUCCCUUCAACUCCUUGGUCUUCCUACAUAACGCUCGCUUAGUCGUCGAAAGCAUACCAACCUUUCCAAGGAUUACUGUGAUGGAUGAGCCUGAAAAUCACUACACAUUUUCUCAAAUUGAAGCUUUUACAAUAUUUCGCGGCGCUCCUGUAAAAAGGCCACGGCUUCCCGGGGCACCGCGACGCACGGUUUAG